AAUUGUCACGAGGGAAUACGAAAGAAUUGGUCAGCAUAUAUAUAGGAAUUGUGCGUUACCUGAACUAUUCCUGUCUCAUCCAGUGAUAAAAAUUCAAAAUGAUCAAAUUAGUUAUAUGCCUGUUUGGAUUAUUAGCUGUAUCCUCUCACCCCUAUUACAGGGACGCUAUCCCCAACGGUUAUGCUGUGUUUAAUCCAUGUGGGACAUCAUACUGGGAAGCUGUGGGACAUUAUGAUCCUAAUCACCAUACAAUAGACAAAAACCCAUUCGCUCAGGCCUUCGCCGCUGCUGGUCACGUGUGGACCGCUGACCUCUGUAAUGCCGACUCGGAUGGAGACGGCACGUCAAAUGGCGCGGAGUUAGGAGACCCGAACUGUGUCUGGACCGCGGGAGCUACACCUGAACGUUCAUCCACAGGUCAUCCUGGUAUUUGUGAGCCUGUUGGAUCCGGACCUUGUGCUUCCGUAGCUUUCAGAUGUGGGUGUCAUGGGCAUUCUUGCAUUGGUUGAAUUGAAUUCUAUGUUAGCCAUGUAUAAUUGUUUAUGUAAAUAAAUAAUUUUUUUUUGGAUAUUCGAAUUUGAUUUUGAAAACCAUUUGCCUGCGUGCUAUAAACCUGUACAAAUAAAAGUAGUCGAGAUCAU